CUGGAAGAGCACAGCCUAGGGAGCCGCCUGCCUGCAUGAGUGUGUGCGUGCGUGUGUGGGUGCUGGGUACGUGCCAAACUUUCUUAUACGAACCAGUGUUGCAUCCGCAGGUAACAGGAGACGAACUUCCGCUGUUUGUCCGGUUUCAAACGUGCAUGGAUUUUGGCAUGGCCAGCCAAGACACCCGCAAGACGCUCUUGCAUUGAACGAGGCGGCGUUUGAGUCAGUUUGAAGCGAAUCGUUGUGCGCAGGCGACAGAAAGUGUGACCAUCAAUUGUCCGAUAAGUGAGUGCUUCUAAUAAUAGCACAUUUAAAUAAGCGGCUGUAAAAUGAAAUGAAUGAGCGCAGCGCCAAUGAAAGUUCAAUUUAUCAAGUGAAGAAGCCGGUAAAAUAUGUCGUGCCUCUGUUCGCUUGUAGUGCGUUGGAAAAAGUGACAUGGCUGUGAGUUACGUGAAAGUAGCUUUAGUGAAUUAUCCGCCACAGUUCGGUAUACACAAUCUUUACGAAGAGAAUCAUUUCCACAUGUGAUCGUGGCGAUUAGAUUGGAUCGCUUACGAGAGUUUUAACUAUACCUCCGAUGUCCAUUAGCGUUGUCAAAACUGGAAAUGUUUACGAGGUUUUGCAGGAAUAACAUUUCCCCCAGCGGUUCGUCAGCUUCUUCUGAUAGACCAGCACCACCGCAGUCUUCGUCGAACCCAGCAUCAACAACGGAGGAAAACAUAGCUGCUGCUGGACCAUCACAAUCGUCAUCGACAUCACCGUCAUCAGCAUCAUCGCCAACAUCGAACGCGGCAUCCAAUACCACAUCCCGCCGUCAUUUGAACCUCCCAUUGCCGGUGCUUCCACCGCGAUCUGCAGCGCAGAUAAGACCCGAGCCGCCCCCGCCUUACUGGGCACACUACCAGCACCGUCCGGUGUCGGCAGCCACAGUCGCUCUUCCUGUUCCGAUACCGGGUUACAGCAGAAGCAGUAGCACCGGUGGCUCCUCCACGGAAAGUGAGAGCGCCAGCGCUGCGGCCAAUAAUGUGCAGCGGGGUGCAUCGUCUCUAGCAGCGGUGCAAUACCAUCGAAGGGCCGGUGUCCUGUUACCUUGCAUCCGGGAAGGACACGCCAGACAUCCCCGAUACAACGUCGCACAUCCUCCACCACGGCGGCAACGGAUCAAAGAGUAUUUUCUGAGUCAAGAUGCAUUUUGCCCGGAUUUGGUACGUAAUUGUAAAACCAAAACAGAGCCACAAUCCGGUCGAAACUCCCCCGAGCCAGCGUCGAACGGCCACAGCAACGACCAAGACGUCUACGUAGAGAUAGAAGAACUAAACCAAAGCCUUUCUGCCGUUCAAAUAGCGACCGCAACCAAUGCUAACGUACCGAAAACGCCGACCGUUGGAACCGAUAGUCAACCCGCCCACCAGUCCACGCCGACCGUUUGUGAUAUGGGUCAGAACUUAAGCAUCCGGAGGCCGAAGAUAUCACUCACAUGGGUCCUACGUGAACAAUCGCAACAGCAAUCGCAGCAACGUCAGCAUCCUUCUUCCCAGAGUCACCAACAAUCGGAUGUCAAUCUUCUCCACCAUCAUCAUCAUCCGCACGUGACUCAAUCGCGCCGAGCAUCACCCGUGAAAGCGAUCGUUGGCAACGGCUCAGCACCUGUUCACCAGUCGAACAGCACAACAACCGGUAGCCAACUUGUGGUCCCAGUGCGCAAGAAAUCCCGCACACGCAGCAAGGAGCGCUUGUUUAGCGAAAAGUACGUCAGCGAUAAUAAUCUGACGGAGUACCACAAUGAGCUGAAGCUGAAAGCCACCGGCAAUUGCAUUGCGCAGAAUGGAGGAAUUACAGCAGCUGCAUCAAGUGAGCAUCAUAACCACAAUGGCAUUUAUCGCAAAAGUAAUCGAAGUUAUCGAAAGAACAGCGAUCGGCUAAGGAAAAAAGAGCGCGCUCAGUUGUAUCCCAGCCUGGUUCAGAGCGAGACCGUCGACGUCCUGCUCAACAAUAACAACAAUAAUAACAACAGUAUUAUCAUCAAUCUAAACCAAGAAGACCAGCUGCUAAGGGAAAAAUCAGCGGCAAUUUCGUUGAAAAAUACCUACUCGGAGCCGUCCCUGUAUACCACCGUUUCGGAGCCAUCCUCUUCGAAAAAGCAUCGCCACCGCCGCCGAAGGGAACGCUACCGCUCCCAGCGAUUCGGCUACGAGAUUCAAAAUGUCGACGAGUUUCUCUCCAAGUGUUCACUGUCCUCACCGGGUAACAUUCCGGUGGUACUAUCGUCAGCUGCCACCCUCUACCAAACUCGUCCCGGCAGUUACCAGAUCGAGAUUCCGCUGCCUCUCGGGAUGGUUGUAAAUGCCGUGUUCAAAAACCAAAACUGGCUGUACGUGCAAACGCCGCACGCCGAGGAAGGUUACGUCGCUUACGAGAGCUGCCUACCGCUGGGAAUAUUGCCACCAAACCAAAGAUCAAGCUCGACUUCAAAACCGACACCUUGUUGGGAAACGAACAAGGACGUAUUCCCCCGGCCAAGCGGAAACCUAACCGAUAGCGAGAAGGAAAUCCAACAGCUGCGCGGCGGUACACGUUCCGAGGGCCGCCGAACGCCUAGGUUAAAGCGCAGUGGAACUAGCAGUCGCAGCGUAACGUCGGUCACAUGUAACAGCGAGAAAAACCUAGACUCGCUGUAUCUGCGCGUGGCCAAUCAGCUUAAAUCGGCUGACUCGCAGACACAAUUUGCUCAACUCAAACUUACGACCAAGGUGCUCAGCGGAAAUGGCGGCGGCAAGGUGGAUAAGAUACUGAACGUUGAACAACCAACAGAGAAAACCGCCACCGCCGCUGUGACCAACGGGGAUUACUGUCCGCUGCAAAAGCUGCAACAAUCUCAGCCCGUAUUUCAUCAUCAUCAUCAUUUUCACAAGAUUUUGGUAAAGAGUGGCAGCACCGGGAGCGGCUCCGCCAGCAGUGUCAUCAAUGGAGGACAUUACCAUAAGACUGUAAACAAUAUUAGUUAUAGUAGCAGUAAUAAUACUAAUAUUAAUAAUAACAAUAAUGCUAAGUUAGUUAGCAACAGUGGCGGUAAUAACUUACGCUCAGCAGCCGCUGUUCGACAGACCCUGCUGGCCAUAACCGAUAGCUACUGUUCGGAUUCCGUUAACGUGCAGAAAGGUGACGUGGUCACGUUGUUGGCAUGUAAAGAGUACCAAGAGAAGGGUCUGAAAAAUGUCAAACAGUGGUUCUUCAUAAGGACUCGUGACGGCAAUGAGGGUUACAUUCCGGCCGAGGCUGCCGGUCAUGGGUUUCUUUAGGAAUGUUAGCCAGUAACGAGAUUUCGUUAUAUACGACCGUAAGAUCGAGUGGGCGUUGUAUAAAUUAUUAGCUGUUCAGGUAUUGUAAGCAAGUGUUGGUCUUAGCCGUUGUUUGUUUAUAACCAAAUGAUAUUUAAAUUACGCAUCAGAAUGAAAAGUAUGUUAAAAAAAAUACACGAUAAUACAUUGAA